AUGGAAGAUGACGGACCUACACACAUUUACAACUUCAGAGUCAUUGCGAUGGUCUUGAUUGUGUCGCUCGGAGGUCUUAUCUUCGGUUUCGACACCGGCCAGAUCUCCGGUUUCCUAGCCAUGGAAGAUUUCCUGGGACGCUUCAGUGAGAACGGAACUGAAUUCACCGCUGUAAGAGAAGGUACCAUCACUGGUCUGUUGUCCAUCGGAACACUACUCGGAGCUAUUAUCGCUGCACCCAUCGCCGACAAGUUCGGACGCCGAAUGUGUAUUCUCGUCGGAAACAUCCUGUUCUGGAUCGGCAUGAUCGUACAAAUGACAUCCACAACUGCCUGGUACCAGGUCGCUAUUGGCCGUUUGAUUGCAGGCUUCGGUGUCGGCAAGCUCUCAGUCCUCACGCCCAUGUACAUGAGUGAAACCGCACCCAAGCAAAUUCGUGGCUCCAUGGUUUCAUGUUACCAACUCUUCAUCACCCUCGGUAUCUUACUUGCAGACGUAAUCAACCUCGGUACCAAGAACAUUGACGGACCUGCCUCAUGGCGUAUCACCAUGGGUAUCGGUUUCGUUUGGUCCGGAAUCAUGGCUGGUGGUAUCUGGCUUCUUCCAGAAAGUCCUCGCUGGAACUACCGCAGAGGAAAGGUCGACGAGGCUAGACACACUAUCGCCAACGUCUACGGUGUAUCUCAAAACCACUCUUCUGUCAACCGCGAGAUCCGCGAGAUCAAGGCCAAGUUCGACGUGGAGCAGGCUGGAGGAAACCACCCCUUCUGGGAGGUCUUUACUGGUCCUCGUAUGGCCUACCGUGUUACCCUAGGAGCUGGUCUCCAGAUGCUCCAGCAGCUGACGGGUGCCAACUUCUUCUUCUACUACGGUACGACCAUCUUCGACUCUGUUGGUAUCAGCGACAGUUUCGUCACUGCUACUAUCCUCGGUGCUGUCAACUUCGUCUGCACCUUUGGUGGUCUUUGGGUCGUUGAGAAUGUUGGUCGUCGCAAGGCCCUCAUUUUCGGUGGCUUCUGGAUGUUCGCCAUGUUCAUGGUGUUUGCCUCUGUCGGUCACUUCCAGCUCCAGCAAGGCGUCAACACAGGAACUGCAGGUACCGUCAUGAUCAUCUUCGCAUGUCUUUUCAUCGCCGGAUACGCCACAACUUGGGCACCCAUCGUUUGGUGUGUUGUCGGUGAACUCUACCCUACUCGCUACAGAGCAAAGGCCAUGGGUAUCGCUACCGCCAGUAACUGGACUUGGAACUUCUUGAUCGCCUUCUUCACCCGCUUCAUCACCAACGACAUCGAUUACCGCUACGGUUACAUCUUCGCCGCCUGCAACUUUGCCGGUGCUUUUGUCGCUUACUUCUUCCUCUGUGAACACCAAGGUCGUACGCUCGAGGAGAUUGACACUAUGUACAUUCUUCACGUCAAGCCUUGCAAGAGUUCAGGCUGGACAGCUCCCGAGAAUGAGGAGUUGGUUACUGCAGAUGCUCUCGCCUUGACUUCUGGCGCUCGCGGUAUCAAGAAGGCUGACGCUGCUGGUAUGGAGAGUGAACGCAGAGUUGAGAACAUGCAGGUCCCUGCGGCCACCGAGACUCAUGGUAUCCACGAUGUUUCUGGCACCGAUUUCGUGCCCGAGAGCACGAGGGCAGCUGAUGGCCGUCCGCCAAAUGUCGGACAAUAG